AUGAAGUCAGAAGAAUUAAAAUCUUUCAUCAAGGCCAUCGCGGAUGCUGUAUCCAAGCGUCGCCCAGACGACGACGUGGCCCUACCUGUCUUCGACCCAGCUACAAGCGACAAUGGCGCAGAGACCUGGUGCAACAACAUAGCUGAGCUUACAGAGGAGUUUGGAUGGAGUAGCAUCGCAACUGUCGCAAAAGCCGAGUAUCGGUUUCAAAGUAUGUCCUCGUCAUCUAUAUUAGACAUUGGUGAGAAGGUGUUAUUCGACGAUAGUAUAGAAAGUAUAGAAUUUCACCCAUACACUCCGUAUAAUGACUCUUUCAAAAAUAACGACAACAUCCACAUUUGUAUCAACCGUCAAGAUCUAAUUCUACUGCCGAGUCAGAGUCAAAUAUUAGUGGAGGGCACAGUGGAGAAAGGAUGUCUACUGGUGAACAAUGGUGCUGCAUUUUUAUUUCAAGACAUUCGUUAUGAAUUGAACGGUGUGGAGAUUGAUCAAGCGAGAAACUGCGGUAUCACGUCCACCAUGAAGGGACUAGUCUCCUACACCAAGGAAAUGGAUCAUAGUCUUCAGACGGCGGGGUGGGAAGUUGGCGCCAAAAAGAUACAUGACAAGUUUACUGUAACUAUACCACUAUCUCAUAUCUUGGGUUUCGCCGAGGACUAUAAGAAGGUUAUAAUGAAUGGGAAACACGAGUUGAUAUUGAAUCGCGCCAGUACAGAUGUAAACUGUUUAGAUUUAGCAGCCGUUGAUGCCAACACGGUACCGCAACCGCCGGUUCCAAAUGGUGAGAUUGAAAUCACCCGUGUCACAUGGAGGAUGCCUGUCAUAAAAGUAUCAGACAAGGAGAAACUGCGCUUAAUGUCGUAUGUUGAGAGAAGCAUACCGGUUCAGAUAGUUCCGCACGUGGGAGCUGUAUGA